UAAAGUUAAAACUAUGUCUUACCUCCUUAACCCCACAACACACAUAGGCCUACUUUAGUAGUCUAGUAGACUAAAGUGACUUGUAGGUUUGCAGGAAUAUUCAUCACAGAAUACCUUGGAAUAUGUUAAAUGAUUUAUGUACCAAGCAUAAGGUUCCCUACAGAAAAGUUACAGGCUAAAACAGGCCCUCUAUUGUGAAGGAAAUAUUGUUGGGAUGUAUGCCAUCUUAGCACUGGGAGGCACAGCCCAUUGCUGAGUGCUGGCCAAAUGCUCCAGGGCAACCACUGAAUAGACAACAUGUUUUCUUUUUUGACAGUGUGAUGUGAGUGACUAAGCACAACUGCAAAUGUAUUUAAUCAUCAUUAUACAUUAUACUACUUUACAUCUUACUUGAGUCUGAGAGACUGAUGCAAGACAUGACAUUUUACCUUGGAAAAAAGGCUGAUCUCAGCACUCAUAGCUUGCUGAGAAGUGUCGCCAUUUUUUUUGUCCCCCCUCAAAUCAGCCCUACUUGAAAUCCUUUCAUACUGGACCAUGUUUCAGCACUCUGUUGGUGGCCCAGCUGCUUUAUUGACUCAGUUGGGCACUACUGUAUCUGUCACUCACUGGAGAAGAAUUAAACACCAUGACUACUUCAGUAAACAAGCUUUAAGUAGCUCUGUGUAUAGCCUUACACACAUACACACAGUACAUGGAAAUGCAGACAGCAUAGGGAAACAGUGCAGAAUUGUACCACAAUUUGUGUUUUUUCUACAUGUAAGCAUUUGUUGUAGCAAGACACCAAAAGAUUCAGAGCAGCUGGUGGUGCCAAGACCACAGCCAGGAAACAGCAGACAAAAUGUUCAUCAAAAAUGCAGACUUACGAAACCCCCGUCACCACCAUGAAUUAUUUCUGCCUAGUCGACCCUACAGGGGGGAACUGCCGACAGUGGCAGGAUUUCUCCUCUACCCGGACACUCCUGCUAAGAUGGAGACCACAUCACAAGAAGCUUUCUGCUUCAGACCCGUCUCACAACAUGACAGAGGCAAAGGAGACCAUAUUGCCCUGAACACACAGCAGGAGUCCCUCCGUUCUCAUCCCACAUCCUCGAGACAAACAGGAAGAGAAAACAGCAGCAGGGGCCGGAAACCAGGGGAGGACGAUCAAGAAGGCAACCAUGAUCAGACAGCAGGGACAAACGAACGAGAUACGACAAAGAUGCAGUCUCAGUAUCAGAAGGAUUUCCCUCCUCCGUCCUCCUGCUGCAGAAGGCGAACACCUGCCCUCCCACAGCCAGACAACAUCGGCAUCAACCCUGCCUUUAGGAUCGACUUUAGCACAGUGCAAAGAGAGAAUUACCCUGGUUGGCCCAUCAUGAGUCCCAUGUGUGCAGGGAGGCUGAGAGCGGCCUCGUCCGGGAAACCAAACAUGAAAAAAUAAAUAAAAGAAUGUAAAAAAUAAAGUCAUGUUCAAAUUUUUUACCAAUUGCAGCAAAUGUCUAAUUCCAUCAAAUGGCUAUCGAUCCCUAUAAAUCCUAGCUUGUUAUAUUCAUAGUGCACACAGUAAUAAACAUGAUUUUAUAAACCAGUGUGGGCUUUUGGGUUAUGUGUGUCAGUCUUUGAAUCACUUCUACAUUCUUCUUAUAAAUAACACUAACAUUUUUGAUCUAACUCCUCAGUUUAGACAUAAGUGAAAUCGAAGUCAGAGGUGUUGAGUUCUCCUUCACUAACCACAUCCAGCACAUUGUGUGCCUGUCUGGAAAUAUAUACUUUCUUCAAAAUGUGCUAAGGUGCAAUCAAAUUCUUUAGUUUAUUUUGUUUACUCUGUUACAUCAGUUACUAAGGACUCAAUUAUUUUCAGCACAAAUUCUUUUCUCAGGUUUAGUUUCUUCUCAGGUAACAAGAGAUGAAUUUCCCAGAAGCAGAUCAAUCUGAUGAGCUAAUGGACUGAUGAUGUGUCCAGUGCAUGGAGUUCCUGGAUAAGACUUAAUGAACUAAUGGUAAAACCAGACCUUUAGCAUUUCAUAUUGAUGACUUCAGACCGACUUGUGGUCAGCUUGAGAGAAAACAAUCCACCCAGUGACUCAUAACUGAAACAUGAUCUGCUUAAAUAGGCAGGA